AUGCGCGGUGCUCAGAACUACAAGCACGCCAAAGGUAACGACUGCAACUGGAUUAUGACACUCCUCAAUUUAGACGCCAGUUCCGGAGGCAAACCCGUCUAUCCCGACAACUACAACCUAAAUGCUCUGAACGAGGAUUUUUAUCCCAAAGAGCUCCUACGAUUCAACAGCUGCAGGUUCAUCAUUUUCCAGAACGACGCACAAACCCUGGUCGGACAACAGGACAUAAUUGACAUUAUCUACGACGCGAGGGCACAUCAAGGGGAUGAUGUGGCUAUCGAGGGGAGAAUGGGCUGUGAGAUUAAGGACAGUGACCCAGCUGGCAGGGGCCAAGUGAUUUGGGGGAUACAAGGCUCGGACGAAGAAAAAGAUGAUAUGUUGCACAGUAUUGUUAAUAUUGGUUAA